UGUCUGUCCACCUGUCUGUCACUGUUGAGUAUUGAGGGGUUGGUCAAAGUUCACAGCGGGGCCGCCUGAUUGGCUGACGGACAGUUUACAUAUAGAGCUUCUCUGAUUCAACAGCUCCAUCACCCUUCAACUGCUCAGCUUCAGGCUCUGUCGACUCGUCGCCCUCCGUCUGCACCAACAUGAGUCCAAGAAAUGUUGUUUUCAAGAAGAUCUGCAAAGACAAGUCGGUCGCAGUCUACAUGGGGAAGCGAGACUUUGUGGACCGCGUGGACUCGGUGGAGCCAGUGGAUGGCGUCAUCCUCAUUGAUCCCGAGGCUCUGCAGGGGAGGAAAGUGUUCGUCACUCUAUCCUGCACCUUUCGCUACGGCAGAGACGACAUGGACGUGAUGGGCAUCGCCUUCCGCAGGGAGCUGUACCUGUCCACCCGCCAGGUGUACCCGCCCCUGCAGGACCGCGAGCAGGGCAUCCACACCAAGACACAGGCCAGACUGCUGCGCAAGCUGGGAGACGACGCCUACCCGUUCUUCUUCGAGUUUCCUGACAACCUGCCUUGCUCAGUGGCUCUGCAGCCUGCGCCCCACGACGUCGGCAAGCAAUGUGCAGUGGAGUUUGAGGUGAAGGCGUUCAGCGCCGAGAGCCAGGACGCCAAAGUCCGCAAACGGAGCUCCGUGGCGCUGAUGCUCAGGAAAGUCCAGUUCGCCCCGGACAGCGAGGGAGCGGCGCCCUCUGUCGAAACCAGCCAAGACUUUGUCAUGUCUGACAAACCGCUGCAUGUCAAGGCCAGUCUGGACAAAGAGAUGUACUACCACGGUGAGGCCGUCAAGGUGCACGUCAGCGUCACAAACAGCUCCAGCAAAAACAUCAAGAACAUCGUCGUCUCUGUGGAUCAGGUCUCCACCGUCGUCCUUUACUCCAACGACACCUACGUCAAGUCUGUGGCCAUCGAGGAGUUUGGGGAUUCGGUGUCGGCCGGAGCGACGCUGCAGAAAACCUACACGCUGCUGCCCCUGCUGGCCAACAACAGGGAGAGGAGGGGCAUCGCUCUGGACGGCAAACUGAAGCACGAGGACACCAACCUGGCGUCGUCCAGCAUCGUCAAGGAUGGAGUUCUGAAGGAGGUCAUGGGAAUCAUGGUGUCCUACAAAAUCGUUGUGAAGCUCAUCAUCGGAGGGUUGAUGGGAUCAAGUGAGGUCGGCCUGGAGGUUCCCUUCAAACUGAUGCAUCCCAAACCGGACGCAGUGAAGGAGAGCGAGCUGGAGGAGGAGAUGGUGUUCCAGGAGUUCAAGCGCUCCUACCUGAAGGGGAUGAUCGACGACGACGAAGACGGAAAUGUGUCGGGCGGCGACGACAUGGCGCCCAAAGAGAAGUAGAGGAGAGGAAGCCGAGCAGGUGACGCGGUGGCUGCAACACUGAGGCAGCGUUGGGAGUUUAGUGCUAGAACGAGAUGCAGCGCGAUUGAAGGGCCUCACCUGUAACUGAGUGUCACGUAGAUGUGCUUCUCGUCACUGCAGAUCGUUUUCCAGCGCUCAGUCAAGACACAAACACGAGACUCGAUCUGUAUGGAAAACGCUCCGAUAUGUUUAUGUAUCGUAUAUGAAAUGGUAUUUAGGUUUGACAGUAGUGUACUGGUGUGUGUGACUCGUCGCUGUAGAGCUGCUGCCUGUAGAAACAUUUGUAUGAAAGUUGUAUUUUGCCGUUUUGAGGUGAUGCGAUGUGUUUGUUCUCUGUGACAAUAAAAGCGGGUUGAUCCAUU